AUUUCCUUUUUGUUUUCAUGGCAGAGCACUGGACUUACAUAAGUAGGCCAUAGCCAGGAAGGCCCGCUAAAACGGGCCAGACGGCGGCGCUUGCUCACAGACGCGUAUAUUUGGGCUAGCACAAAUGAAACACAAUUUGCGGCUAUGCUUGGCUCCUGGGCAACAGGAUCUGACAUGUUGCGUCACAGUCGACGAGAAUGCCUUUGGCAAGAGGCUUCUCAAAUCGGCGGCGGGUUUAAUCAAUGUGGCCUCAUACUGGAGCACCAAACCAAUCGCUCCUUUGGCGGUUCUGCACCUUGCAAGCAACGGUCGCGGAACCCAGCUGCGGCUCAUGCCGCCCUCGGAGCAAGAGGACCAGCAGCCACAGCCCGGGAAAAAGAAGCAGCAGAGGGCCGUGCAGAGGGCCCGGGCAGCCCUCCAGGAGGCGCAUGCGGCCUGCUUGGAGGGCCGCAGCGCCCUGAGGGCCCCCCUGAGCCUCCUGCCAAAGGCGACUCAAGGGGCAAACGGGCAGCAACGCCAGGCAGCGGUCCCGGCAGUAGCGGCCGAAGCCACAGAAGCCGUGGAGUUGUUCCUGGUGCCGCUUGCAGCCCAGGAGGCGCAGCGGCAGCAUGCGGAGGCAGCAGCGGAAGCGGAAGCGGGGCCGGUGUUCUGGGGCUAUGUGCUGCCGGCGGGGGCGGCCGCAGCGGCGCUGAGGGCGCUGCGGGAGCGGCGCCUGGCGGUGGUGGCGAGCGUGGAGAACGACGGACCGAUUGUGCGGUCGUACACGGUACAGCAGCUCGAGGAGGAGUUGGCGGCGGCCAAGACGAGGUGCAAAUCGCUACGAGGUGAACUGAACGCGGCACUCGCCGCCCAGCAAAAGCAACAACAACAACAGCCGAGCGCCGGUGGCCGCAGGCCCCGUGAGGCAGCAGCGGCUGAGGAUGAGGCUGCUGACACGCAGCGAGGCAAGAAGAAGAGGCGACUUCAAGGCGACGGCGGCAGCAGCGCCGCUGUCGGUAAUGCCGGCGAGGGCGAGGGCGCGGGGCCCAACGCGGCGGCUGCUGCUGCGGGUGCGGCGGAUGGUGAGGAUCCGACUGUCGCACGUCUUCGGGCGGCUGUAGCAGCGGCUGUGUCGUACAUGAAGCGUGUGCAGGAGGACCUCCGUUUGCUGCGAGAGUAUGUGGAGUCGAAGGCCGUUACGUAUGGAGGCCGGGAGCACAAGGCCAGGUUGGAGAGGGCUCCGCGGCCCGGCGGCGGCGGCGGUGUCGUCAAACGUCCCGUCAUCCGCAUCCCCCUCACCACCCCCUCGGAUGCGAAUGCGACCCCUGCUACCGCUGCUGACGCCGGCAGUAGCAGCAGCAGCAGUGCUGCGGCUGUCAUUGCGCUGACGCGAGCGGAUCCCAAGCGCCCCGAAACCAGCAUGCUCGUACGGGUUCGGCCGUACUGGCAGCAGCUCCAAGACAUGCUGGCCGGGAAGCUGCUAGCUGCGUCGACAACGGAAGCAGGUGGGGAUGGUGACGGCGGCGCCGCCGCCAACGGAGGCGAGGAGGUCGCUGCGAAGAAAGGCAACGCCAAAAAGGCUCGGAGGGCAGCACAAGCCGCUGCAGCGGCAGAAGAGGGUGCGGCCGCGGAGGCGCGAUCGCGGCUGUUCGACUUCCUUCCCUGGAUCUCCCCGGAUCGCGACGUGGAUUCGGCGAUGGCGUUGUGGCAGGUCUUGGAUCCUGAGGGAGAUGUCGUACCGGCGGAUGAGUUGUUGCCGCGGCUGGCACAUCGGGG